AUGUUUACAGUGGUUAUGGGAUGUCCGAGUCUGUACCAUAGCCAGCACGAGAAUGUCAGCAUACAAGUUUGUUAUAUCCCCAACUCCAAAGACUAUUCACCUUUAAAUUUUCUGGCUGCACACCGGCAUCUCAGGAAACUCUUACCUGAGAGUUUACAGGCUCUAGUCAACUUCUUGAAUUCACGACAUUCUGUGCGCACCAAGAAGACUGUCUUGCAAAGAUUUUGUGAAGCAACAACCAGAUUGUUGGUUGUAACAGAGAUUGGUGGGAUGGGUUUGGACAUACCUGACAUUGAAUUGGUAAUCCAGUUUGGAGUGCCCAAAUCCCUCACCAAUUGGAUGCAGAGAGCUGGUUGGGCAGCACGGCUCCAUUCAAUGCAAGAUCGAGCCAUUUUGCUUGUCAAGGCCUCAGUGCUCUGUAAGGUAGGCGUUAGUGUGGUGGUCAAAGAAGAACCUUUGUCAGAUGGAGAGUGUGUAGUUGAAGGAGGGAAAAAAACCGACCUGGAGCUUGAAACACCAGAAGAAGACCUACAGUUCAAGAAAAAAAUUGAGGCAUCCUUGCGUGAAUGGAUCGAAACAAAAGGUUGUCGAAGGCUUGUUGCUAAUAGGCAUUUUGACAACCCACCAGGACAAUCAGCUCCGACAGGUCCUUGCUGCGAUAACUGUGAGAAGAUGCACUCAGAUACACCCCCAUCCUCAUCUCCCAACAGUCCCAUCAGUAUACAUACAGAACUGUCUGAUGACACACCCAGCACAGCUAUCAAUGAAACAGGCAAAAGACCCAUGCACACCAUAACUCAAGAACCUGUGCGACGAAUAUUACAGCACUUGAGCUGUGCCAAGGCUGCACUCCAGCAUUGGCGUGCUCAAGUCCGACGCCGUGACUUCUUAUACCGUUCAUUCACAGGUGAUGUCCUUAUCCCUGACCCCACAUUGACGUCCCUUGCUUCAAACCGCCGGUGGAAAUCACUUGAAGAGAUUUGUGAGGUCCUGCCUGCACCUUGGGCACUUGUGGAUCGAUAUGGGGAGGAAGCUUUGAAGGUGUUAGCUGAUGUAGAUCAUCAGGACAAGGAGCUGCGGGAAGCAGCCAAGAUAUAG